AUGUCAAAGUCCUCAAAGGACCCCCCUCACACCACCGACAACCACCACCGCCAUGCUAAUCUGCACGCCGUAGACCUCGACGACUCGUCCGACUCGGAGUGGCUAGACAUAGCCAGUGGCCGCGAGUCUGAUACUGACUCGAUCUUCUCAGGCAGGGAGAUUGCCAUUGAUCAUGCCCCAUCCCGCUCUAGGUCACGCCGCUCCUCCAUCAGCUACGACGGAUCCCGAGACGGAGACGCAGAUGUUGAUGGCUGGGAGGGCUUUGUCGACGGCGCUCACGACGGCGAAGGCGACACCACGCUCACCAGCGCCUCGCCCGCCGGCGUCUCCUCUUCCGAGGAACGCCCACACUUCCCCACCCUCGAGCAGUCCACAUCACCCAUCGACGAAGCGGAGGAGCAGGCAGUCAGAGAGGGCCUGGAGCAGAGCAUGGUUGGCACCCUCAGCGCUUCCGCAUCCAGGAGCGGCUCCCUACAUGCUUCCCGGGACCUCCGUCUGUCCUUCCCAGACCCCUUG